AUGACAGCUGAUAUAGUUAAAUAAGAAGUUUAAAAUCUUCCAAAAGAUUAUGGCAAAAUGCCUGCUGGAUAUAAUUUUUUAACAAGGGGCAAAAAUUGGAAGGAAUAUCAUAAUGAUUUUAUAUUAAGAACUGAUGCAGUUUGGGAAAAAUAAUAAUUAUAUGAUUAUUUCAGAAAUUUCAUGAAG